AGAGGCCCUUGGAAUAAAGAGGAGUUACAUUUGGCAGGCAGGCGGGCUCGCACGCCGGAGCGCUCAGCCCAGAAUUAGUGGAUUUAUUUGGAAUCUCCCUGCCUCCUGCAAGCUCCGCCGCCGCCGCCGCCGCCGGCUUGUGCAUAGACGGUAGCGUCAAGACACCAGCUGCACUUUGGGCUGCGGACACCCAGUGCCCAGCGCGCCUGCCCCGCAUCUCCGCACCAAGCCCUGCAGCUCCGAGAGGCAUGAACGGAAUCUGGAGGCGCCUGCCCAGCGCGCGAGGACCGGUCGGCGCUUGCCGCCCUCGGGAGCUGACCCCGAGCCCCUCCAGCCAUUUGUGAACCAGGAGGCUUGACAUUCGCCAGUGCAGGGCCCCACAAGAGAAAUUUCAAUGAAAAGAAAAGCCAAUGGAUUGUGGUCUUAGAAAAGCUGCUUAGAUGAUGUCUGUUUCCCGUGCUAUAGACACGUGGCAGAGCUGUAAGUAAAUGCUCGGCACUGCAUGAUGAAUUGGAUGGCUGCAGACCGGAGACAAAAAAAAUAAUUGUCUCAUUUUCGUGGUGAUUUGCUUAACUGGUGGGACCAUGCCAGAACGGCUAGCAGAAAUGCUCUUGGAUCUCUGGACUCCAUUAAUAAUAUUAUGGAUUACUCUUCCCCCUUGCAUUUACAUGGCUCCGAUGAAUCAGUCUCAAGUUUUAAUGAGUGGAUCCCCUUUGGAACUAAACAGUCUGGGUGAAGAACAGCGAAUUUUGAACCGCUCCAAAAGAGGCUGGGUUUGGAAUCAAAUGUUUGUCCUGGAAGAGUUUUCUGGACCUGAACCGAUUCUUGUUGGCCGGCUACACACAGACCUGGAUCCUGGGAGCAAAAAAAUCAAGUAUAUCCUAUCAGGUGAUGGAGCUGGGACCAUAUUUCAAAUAAAUGAUGUAACUGGAGAUAUCCAUGCUAUAAAAAGACUUGACCGGGAGGAAAAGGCUGAGUAUACCCUAACAGCUCAAGCAGUGGACUGGGAGACAAGCAAACCUCUGGAGCCUCCUUCUGAAUUUAUUAUUAAAGUUCAAGACAUCAAUGACAACGCACCAGAGUUUCUUAAUGGACCCUAUCAUGCUACUGUGCCAGAAAUGUCCAUUUUGGGUACGUCUGUCACUAACGUCACUGCGACCGACGCUGAUGACCCAGUUUAUGGAAACAGUGCAAAGUUGGUUUAUAGUAUAUUGGAAGGGCAGCCUUAUUUUUCCAUUGAGCCUGAAACAGCUAUUAUAAAAACUGCCCUUCCCAACAUGGACAGAGAAGCCAAGGAGGAGUACCUGGUUGUUAUCCAAGCCAAAGAUAUGGGUGGACACUCUGGUGGCCUGUCUGGGACCACGACACUUACAGUGACUCUUACUGAUGUUAAUGACAAUCCUCCAAAAUUUGCACAGAGCCUGUAUCACUUCUCAGUACCAGAAGACGUGGUUCUUGGCACUGCAAUAGGAAGGGUGAAGGCCAAUGAUCAGGAUAUUGGUGAAAAUGCACAGUCAUCAUAUGACAUCAUUGAUGGAGAUGGAACAGCACUUUUUGAAAUCACUUCUGAUGCCCAGGCCCAGGAUGGCAUUAUAAGGCUAAGAAAACCUCUGGACUUUGAGACCAAAAAAUCCUAUACGCUAAAGGUAGAGGCAGCCAAUAUCCAUAUUGACCCACGUUUCAGUGGCAGGGGGCCCUUUAAAGACACGGCGACAGUCAAAAUCGUCGUUGAAGAUGCUGAUGAGCCUCCGGUCUUCUCUUCACCGACUUACCUCCUUGAAGUUCAUGAAAAUGCUGCUCUAAACUCCGUGAUUGGGCAAGUGACUGCUCGUGACCCUGAUAUCACUUCCAGUCCUAUAAGGUUUUCCAUCGACCGGCACACUGACCUGGAGAGGCAGUUCAACAUUAAUGCAGACGAUGGGAAGAUAACGCUGGCAACACCACUUGACAGAGAAUUAAGUGUAUGGCACAACAUAACAAUCAUUGCUACUGAAAUUAGGAACCACAGUCAGAUAUCACGAGUACCUGUUGCUAUUAAAGUGCUGGAUGUCAAUGACAACGCCCCUGAAUUCGCAUCCGAAUAUGAGGCAUUUUUAUGUGAAAAUGGAAAACCCGGCCAAGUCAUUCAAACUGUUAGCGCCAUGGACAAAGAUGAUCCCAAAAACGGACAUUAUUUCUUAUACAGUCUCCUUCCAGAAAUGGUCAACAAUCCGAAUUUCACCAUCAAGAAAAAUGAAGAUAAUUCCCUCAGUAUUUUGGCAAAGCAUAAUGGAUUCAACCGCCAGAAGCAAGAAGUCUAUCUUUUACCAAUCAUAAUCAGUGAUAGCGGAAAUCCUCCACUGAGCAGCACCAGCACCUUGACAAUCAGGGUCUGUGGCUGCAGCAAUGACGGUGUCGUCCAGUCUUGCAAUGUCGAAGCUUAUGUCCUUCCAAUUGGACUCAGUAUGGGCGCCUUAAUUGCCAUAUUAGCAUGCAUCAUUUUGCUGUUCGUCAUCGUGGUGCUGUUUGUAACUCUACGGCGGCAUAAAAACGAACCAUUAAUUAUCAAGGAUGACGAAGACGUUCGAGAAAACAUCAUUCGCUACGAUGAUGAAGGAGGAGGGGAGGAGGACACAGAGGCUUUUGACAUUGCAACUUUACAAAAUCCAGAUGGAAUUAAUGGAUUUUUACCCCGUAAGGAUAUUAAACCAGAUUUGCAGUUUAUGCCAAGGCAAGGGCUUGCUCCAGUUCCAAAUGGUGUUGAUGUCGAUGAGUUUAUAAAUGUAAGGCUGCAUGAGGCAGAUAAUGAUCCCACAGCCCCGCCAUAUGACUCCAUUCAGAUAUAUGGCUAUGAAGGCCGAGGGUCAGUGGCUGGCUCCCUCAGCUCCUUGGAGUCCACCACAUCAGACUCAGACCAGAAUUUUGACUACCUCAGUGACUGGGGUCCCCGCUUUAAGAGACUGGGCGAACUCUACUCUGUUGGUGAAAGUGACAAAGAAACUUGACAGUGGAUUAUAAAUAAAUCACUGGAACUGAGCAUUCUGUAAUAUUCUAGGGUCACUCCCCUUAGAUACAACCAAUGUGGCUAUUUGUUUUAGAGGCAAGUUUAGCACCAGUCAUCUAUAAACUCAACCACAUUUUAAUGUUGAACCAAAAAAAGAUAAUAAAAUAAAAAAGUAUAUGUUAGGAGGUUAUAAAUCUUGUGGAGUGUGAAUUAAGUAUGUGGAGUGUCUAGAAGUCCUUGGAUAUUUGAUAUUUACCUGACCACCACAGACAAAGAUUGGGAUCCUGGCUAAUCCUUAGAUAAAUGGUUUAAAUAGAGGAAAAAAUCAUAAUUAAAAGGUGCUUUCUUAGAAAAAAAAAUAUGGACCUGCAAGCAAUCUGCUGCUGAUAUGUGUCUUCUGCAAGGAUUUUUAUGAAUGCAAAUGGUUUUUUCCCCUUCACCAAUAAGGAUCCCGCCACAAAUGAUAAAGCAAUACUUGGUCUGCUGUACAUUAUAACUUUUUGGAGUUUUGAGAGGCCUCCUAGAUUAUACGGUACGGUGACCACACAUUGUACAUAAUUGUUGGCCCCACUCACCAGAGACUGAAUAGCAUCUUUAAAUAUUGUGUCGAGCCUUAAAAUAUUCACAUGUUCGUAAUCCAUUCCAGGGUGGGGCUUGCCAAUUCAGUGGCGGGAGGAGAGAAAUCCCAUUCAAACAUGCUUGUUUUCUAGAAGCAGGAUUCUUCGUUCCCUCCUCUUCAUCUUCUUCCACAAGGACACAAAGAUAAACUGUAUCACACAGUGGACUACAUAAGAGACAGAUGGUUUUAUUGCUAGCGCGUGAAUUUAUUUGUUUAAUCCUCGAAAUAAAUAUUUUAUUGAUGUCCAUUAAUGCUUUUAUUUAUUAAGGUUGGUAAUCUAUAGAUUAAGGGAAUAUAUGGGAAAAAACUAAAUUAUAUCCAUUAAUAAUCCUUUAGAUUGUUUUAUAUAAAUAUAUAUACAAUGAAUGUUUAAUACAUGUACAUUUUGAUGAGAUGAGUAUGGCAGGCAAUAUUAUCGAAAGGAGAGCUAAUAGUCUCUUUAGAGUAGAAAGUGUUAUUGUAACUGGUGAUGGCAGGAACAGCAUUUUCCCAGAGAAACUUUUGGACUGUUUUCUAUUUUGUUCAUAAUCCUAGUAUUUGGUGUUUUUACUACAAGCACAAACAUCCUAAAGUAUAUUGAUUCCUGUGAAUAUUUAAACUCUAGACUUUUAGAUACCUACAUCAUGCCCUGCCCAGUAGACAUGCUUCAAGUUACCCCCACAGUUUUAGAGCAGGAACUGAUUUGUACAUAAUUUCACUGCUUACGUUUUUAGCACUCCUAUCCCUGAUCUUCAUGGUGAUGCACAGAAUGUCUUAGACUCCAAAAAGGAACAGCACUAGAAGAUGUGAGCAUAUUUAAUUUGUAAUGCAAACCUGCCAUUUAGGAGUAGAAAAUGUAUGAUAAAACUCAAGUAUUACAUGCAGAUCAUUUUAAUUUUCUACUUUGCUUUAAUGCAAUAUUGUUUAUUUACUCCAUGUAUUGUAUUCAGAGAAA